GUUUGUAUUUCUAUGUGCCAUGUAUGUAUGUGUGUGUGUAUAUAUAUAUAUAUUGUGUUACGUGGAUUGGAAAAUAUGGUAUUUGGAAAAUUAGGAGCUACUUACUGUGGGCAGCAAUAUACUUUUGACCACCUACGGCUAAAACCAGCGGCUUAGCCUCUGGAUUUUCUUAAACGACCCAAUAGGAAAGAGCGUUUUGCCUUGUGGGUUGACAAUUUUAAACUUAGACCUUAUCACCAAAAUGUUCCAUACGGCAAUCAAACUACUUUAUAUAACAAAUCCGAAGCAUGAAAUAGACUCCUUAUGAAUUCUAGCAUGUUCUUUCGAGGAAAACCCUUAUAAAAAAACAUUCAAUACCUCUUAAAAAUAUGGCAAAACCUAUAUUAAAAAUUGGAUUUUCUUUUGGUUCACGAAAGAAUACAUUUACAAAAGAAAAUAUAAAGGGUACAUUUUUGUUUAUAAACAUUUUCAUUAGAAGCACGUUAGAAAUGUUCUUGUUGUUUCUUCAUAAAUCACUGAUUUUUGUUAUGUUUUUGUAAUUGGCAAUUACUUCUAAGUUAUUUUGUGAAACUCUGGUGUAAUCACAUUUGCUUGAAACUUCGCCGCUUUUGUUUGAAAUUGAACUUGUAAAUUAGCAAUUAAGCUUUAUGAAUGCAAUAAAUAACCAUGCUUUUACAUAUAACAGUAAAAAAGUUGGGAUUCAAUCAUAAAAUUAAGGGAGUUUUAACGAAAAGUCCACGGUAUUGUUUACUUUAACUAAAAACCACAUUUUUACACUAAAAAGUCAAUCCUGGUACUAUUCAUUUUACCCUUUAUUUUGUCUUAAAACUCAAAGUUUUUAAGUCAUUUUCAUUAAUUUUCCUUAAAAUUAAUUGGUAAUACAUGCAAUAACUCAAUUACUUAUAAGUACAUGCAAUGUUCCUUUUUUCUUCAACGUGAGAUUUACUCCCAACACGCCUUCGCCCCCCACAUAUGACAAACUUUUAAGUCUAAUAACACUUGAAUAACACAAAUUUCGUAACGUGUAGUACGUGUAGCCAUUGGGCUUCACAAAUGGGACAAUGUGCUCCAAUACUGUGAAGAAAGUUGAGGUUCUACCAUAAAAUCCAUUGGCUAUGUGGGACUUUAUCCUCACAUUCUCACAUGCCCCCUCACGUAUAAAGAAUUGUCAAGCCUAACACGUGAAUAACAUAAACAGAAUGACGUGAAGCAAAUGUGACAAUUGCGGUCUUCACACAUAAUAUCCAGUUGAGGUUUACAUCCAGCCUUUUGAAGAUCUAAUUCACAAUUAAUGGGUUAGCUAUCAAUCAUCUUCCAAGCAAAUAACGACCAAAAUUUCAUUUUCGUUAAUACAAACGAUAAUAGAAAAAGAAAAAAUUGAACACACCACCUCAUCAUAUACAUUAUCAAAAGUUAAUACUUAAUACUUUUAAUCAAGAGAAGAGCCAAAAUUUGGGUUGGGGGCUGGCAAAAUCCAUAACCAAUAAUAUUCACAUAUGUGCAUUAACUUGGAUUGGGAGCCACCAUCUACUUUUUCACUAAAAAUCUCCUACCAUAUUGUGAAAUAACUUUGCAUGUACAAAGGUUGGAAAAAAGUUGGGUUGGUGGGCAUGGCCACUAGGAAUCUAGUUGUGACUUCGUCAUUGUUAUUAAUCACUUGAGUUACAAGCCUACGAGUUCUUUGCGAUUAAUUUCGAUUUUUUUUCAAAAAAUGAGGAUGUCUUCCCUUAAAGACUGAAUAGAAUUUCUCUUAGCUUGAACUUCUACUCUCAUUACCUGUCAACUUCAGCUGCAAACCAGGGACCGUUGAGAUGGUGUGCUCACUGCAAAUAUAUUUGGAAUGCCUAGCGAGCUAAAGCAGUUGCUUUUAGGACUUGGAAAGCCAAACAGAAGUCUCGAGAGAUCAGAGAGACUGAGAGAAUUGGACAUGUAGUUCCAAGUAUGCGACAACCAUUAGCUGCAUAUGAUCCUUUGGAUCCGAAUGGAAACAUAACAGUAAAAUGGGAUAUCAUGUCUUGGACACCAGAUGGUUAUGUGGCGGUUGUUACCAUGAACAAUUUCCAAACGUACCGGCACAUCAUGAGCCCGGGGUGGACGUUAGGGUGGAUGUGGGCUAGAAAAGAAGUGAUAUGGGCGGCGGUGGGAGCUGAAGCCACGAAACAAGGUGACUGCUCCUGGUUCAAAGGGAACAUACCUCAUUGUUGCAAGAAAACCCCCACCGUUGUGGACUUGCUUCCUGGUGCUCCUUACAACCAGCAAUUCACAAAUUGCUGCAAAGGUGGCGUGGUGUCUGCGUGGGGCCAAGACCCAUCGACCGCGGUCUCAUCCUUCCAGCUCAGUGUUGGAUCAGCCGGCACUACAAAACGGACAGUCAGACCUCCUAAGAACUUCACGCUGCUAGGCCCCGGACCAGGGUACACCUGUGGCAGGGCAAGAGUUGUGCCUUCCACAAUAUUUUUGUCACCUGACCGACGCCGCAGGACUCAAGCUUUGAUGACAUGGAACGUGACCUGCACAUAUUCACAACUUCUGGCCAAAAAGUACCCAAGCUGUUGUGUCUCUCUCUCGUCUUUUUACAAUUCCACAGUCGUUCCUUGCCCUUCUUGCACUUGUGGUUGCCACGACAAGAGCAAUUGCGUCCAAAGUGGUUCCAAAAUUGUUAGCACGGUGGAAGAUGACGCUACAGAGAAAAGCAAUGUGCAGCCGCUACCGCAGUGCACACGCCACAUGUGUCCGGUGAGAGUGCACUGGCAUGUGAUGCUGAAUUACAAGGACUAUUGGAGCGUGAAGGUGUCGAUUACAAACUUCAACUAUCGGAUGAACUACACGCUUUGGACUCUGGUAAUUCAGCAUCCUAAUUUCAUCAACGUCACGCAAGUUUUCAGCUUUGAUUACAAGCCUCUCGUUGCUUACGACUCUAUAAAUGACACUGGCAUGUUUUAUGGCUUGAAAUUCUACAAUGACCACUUAAUGGAAGCCGGGAAAUUUGGGCACGUUCAGUCGGAGAUGCUGCUUAAAAAGGACAAGAAUACCUUCACUUUGAGGGAGGGGUGGGCAUUUCCUCGCAAAGUUUACUUCAAUGGCGAUGAGGGCCAGUUGCCUCCACCUGAUGUCUACCCGUUUCUUCCCAAUUCUGCCCAUGAAACUCUACUCUCCUUCUCACCGUUGAUUUCGUCAUUCACUUUCUUGUUCAUAGUUAUUUGGUGAUUUGGUUCCGUAGAUUCCAGAAUCGUGGUCGAUGCCCUAAAAGCUUUGAACCUGAGGUAUGAAUGAUAUUUUGCAGAGAGAAUUGGAGCACAGGUACUUAAACUUCAAGCAUUCUUUGAAGAAUGCAAACUCAACUUACUUGUAUGUGUAUCUUGUGAACAGAGAGACUGAAUGAGUCUGGUAUAUGUUCUCUGAAAU